GAGCGAUGAACAAGGAAUGUGCCACUAAUAAGAAACCGGAGCGUCGCUGAGGACGCAAGAGAGGAGGGCAAAAGAGAGAACGACUGAAGAAAAACGACUAGAAAUGCGCUAAAAAGUAGCGAAGGGGGGCGAAAAGGGGCAAUACACAGCCGAUACGUGAAUGGAAGGAUUAUAAUCCACCGUUGGAGGGAUUUUGACGCUCCCCAUGCGGAGAUUUGAACCAUGCAGGGACUGCUGCUGCUUCUGAGUUUGGCGUUGAGUUUUCACAGAGUGCGGACGGCGCGGUUCUCUCAGGAGCCUGCAGACCAGUCAGUGGUUUUGGGCCAGAGGGUGGUCCUGUCCUGCGUGGUCUUCAACUAUUCGGGCAUUGUGCAGUGGACCAAGGAUGGACUGGCCUUAGGCAUCGGAGAAGACCUCCGGGCCUGGCCGAGGUAUCGAGUGCUGCGGCUGGUGGAUGUUGGGCAGUAUAAUUUGGAGAUCUCAGCUGCUGAACUCUCAGACGACUCUCUCUAUGAGUGCCAGGCCACAGAGGCAGCGCUGCGCUCGCGACGGGCCAAACUCACCGUCCUCAUUCCUCCCGAUGAGCCGGUGAUUGAGGGGGCCCCGGAGAUCCUCCUCACUGCAGGGGUCCCGUACAACAUGAGCUGCGUGUCCCGCGGAGCCAAACCCGCUUCUGUCAUAGAGUGGCAGAAAGAUGGCCUGCCGAUCGAAGGGGCCUUCAGCACCACGGAGGUGCUUCCAGACAGGAAACGUGUGACCACUCGCAGUUACCUGCCCAUUUCACCAGUAUAUACAGACACGGGGAAGAACUUCACCUGUGUCGCUACUAACCUGGCCGUGCCAAUGGGCAAACGGGCCACUAUCUCCCUCAACGUACACCACCCACCGGUGGUGACGUUAUCCAUUGAGCCUCGCUCUGUAUUGGAAGGAGAGAGAGUGACCUUCACCUGCCAAGCUACUGCCAACCCACCUAUUAUGGGUUAUAAGUGGGCAAAGGGAGGUGUGGUCAUACAGGGGGCGAGAGAGAGUGUUUUUGUCACCAAGGCUGAUCACUCUUUCUUCACUGAGCCUGUGUCCUGCCAAGUCUUCAAUGCUGUGGGUAGCACAAACGUCAGCAUUCUCGUCGAUGUCCACUUUGGCCCCAUCCUGGUUGUGGAGCCUAAACCAGUAACGGUGGACGUAGACUCAGACGUCACUUUAAAUUGCAAGUGGGUGGGAAAUCCUCCCCUCACACUAACCUGGACAAAAAAGGGUUCAAGCAUGGUUUUGAGUAAUAAUAACCAGCUCUAUCUGAAGUCAGUUAGUCAGGCAGAUGCCGGUCAGUAUGUGUGUAAGGCGAUCGUGCCUAGGAUCGGAGUCGGCGAGACAGAGGUCACACUCACCGUCAAUGGUCCACCCAUCAUCUCAAGCGAACCGGUUCAGUAUGCAGUUCGAGGGGAGAGAGGGGAAGUCAAGUGUUACAUCGCCAGCACCCCUCCUCCCGACAAGAUCGUGUGGGCAUGGAAAGAAAAUGUGUGGGAAAAAGAGAAGGGGACCCUAUCAGAACGAUACACAGUGGAACAGAGCAAACUGACCACACAGGGUGGUGCGGUGCUGUCCACCCUCACCAUCAACAACGUGAUAGAGUCAGACUUCCAGUCCACAUACAACUGCACCGCGUGGAAUUCAUUCGGACCCGGGACCAUGAUCAUCACCCUGGAAGAGACUGGCUUAGAAAUAGUGCCGGUGGGGAUCAUUGUAGGAGGAACCGUCGGCUGUUCAAUUCUUCUUAUCUUGUGCUUACUAGCAUUAGUGCUGUUUUUGUAUCGGCAACGCAAAGGAAGUCGUCGAGGGGUCACGCUCGGCAAGCCAGAUAUCAAGGUCGAGACCAUAAACAAAGAGACCCACAGCCUGGAGGAAGACUCUGGGAGCGUCUCUACUGCAACACGCAUGGUGAAGGCCAUGUACUCUUUUUUACCUUCUGUGACCCUCUCUCCCUCCUCCCAGCCUUUUAAAGAUGACAUUGACCUCAAACAGGAGUUACGCAGUGACACGCUGGACACGCGCCAGGACUACGAGCUCAAGGACCCGACAAAUGGCUACUACAACGUGCGAGCUUCCACCCAUGAUGAGGGGCGUCCCGCCUCCCGAUCCAUGCACUACUCAGACUAUCGCACCUCCGGGCAGCCAGGGGGCGCUGCGGCCGUGGUGAGCAGCAGCUCAGGAGCCCCCGGAGCUACGGCAGGUCCGGGAACACCAAGCAGCUUGGCUCCAGGGUCACGAGCGGGUUGCUACGACCCUCGGCCUCCCUCUAGACUCUCGCACAACAGCUACGCCCAGUUUAACACGUUCACCCGUGCCGGACAGUCCCAGCAGCCUCCUCCCAGCUCUGGCCCACAGACUAGCGACUUCACCGCUGAAUGCAGCCUCUUGGACUCUACCGGUCAGCUCGGAUACGAAAAUUACGGCUACCCACACUAUCCGACUUUUCGGAUGGGUUUUGGUCCUCCUAGCCUCGCCCCGUUAGAAGGCGGGCCGGCGUACGAGAUGUACGGAGUCGGGCCGAGCGUCGGCGCAGGAGGCGGAACCGGAACCCCAGAGACUGGACUCGGGAAAUACGGCAGUUCCACGCGGUUCUCCUACACCUCCCAGCAUUCCGAUUAUUCCCACCGACACACACAGAGGAUGCAGACACAUGUGUAAAAGAGAAGCGUCUCCUGUACGUAACAUAAGUUACGCUGAUGAUAUGCCGAUAUCGGCCAUAUAAUUACACACACUCACACAGAUACACAGGAUGGAAAAAAAAUGAAUGAAACGGAGAUAAAGACGGAGGGUGAACAAAGAAAGAGAAGCUCAGAGUAAACGGAGGCCGAGAAUUGAGAAAGGGAGGCAGGAACGUCUUGGCAUUUAUUUCUCAGCUCCAGGAGCUGAAAGCGAAAGUCACAAUCAAGACUGGUGUUGAGAAAAGAUCUAAGAUCUUUAUACCGUUCACUAAAUCCUGAAUGCUUUUAAUAAGCAUGAUCACAAAGGUAAUUCCUGAGAAAUGAAGGGUGCCUCUUAUAGGCUUAUAGUCUGUUUAACAGCGAUGGUUAUGUGAGAGACGGUACAUGUAUGAGUUCUCUUCAAUGGCUUCUUCAACUUCUCUUCUUAAGCUCAGCUCAGUUUAAAGGGCAUUUAAUGACAAAUUGCACAAUAUAGAGUGGGGUCCAAAAGUCUGAGAGCACUAUUUUUUUAUUUUGACAUAAGCUGAGUAUAUACAUUAAAAUGUAAACCAGGAAAAGCUAAAUGAAGGUAAAUGUUUAUAGGUAAUAUUACUAAUCAAAAGUAAAGGUCCUUGCACACUGAGUUCAAAAUUUCACGAAAAAAACGAACAAACGACCUCAUGCUGUGCCAAACACAUUUACACACCGCUUCUUUUUAAACCUUUGUCCAUCAUUAAAAAAAAUUAUAUUCAGAUCAGGUUAAAUUUUUUAUUUUUUUUUUUAUUUUAUUUUAAUAUUCCGAUUUUCGUCAAGCAUUUUAAUAUCGGUUUCAGUGUGCAAGGACCUUAAAUUUUGUUUACGAGAAUAACCUUAUACAUUUCCUUGCUUUCAAUAAAGCCCAAGAUGCUUUUUGAAACUUCCUUAAAUCAUGCUGGAUUACACGAACCAUGUUGAAAAAUCUGGAGAUGUUUUGGACUGCAGAAUCUUGUAUGGAUUUAAAUACAGUAAUAAUGUGUUUUCAUUUAAAUCCAUUAAACGGUCUCUAGACAAAACAAAGUAUUAAAGACAAAACUAGCAUUAAAAGUAUGAUACAACUGCUUAACUUCGGAAAACCAGGGUUCCUGAUGCCUAGUACAUAAAUUAAUAAAAUCUUAGAACUCCUUUUUUUAUAAAAAAAAUUAAAUUUUUAAAGAUGUUAUUUUUAAACAUUGAUAUUAUCUGCUAACUAAAGCAAUUAGCCAAUUUGUUAGAAAACGAUUAAACAUUAUAAUAUUACAAAAGAAGGCUUUUAGACCCCACUGUACAUAACUAUGUCACAAAAUAUCCAAAUAUCUUUAUUUUUCCAUUCAUUCUCAAAUGAAAGUCUGCGAGGCGAUGAAGAGCACAUAAUACUUGUACAAUAUUAUCGAUGAUAGCAAAGUAUUUUGAGACUAGAUGAUUCUUUCUUAUUUUGUGUGUAAAUCAGCAUCUACCUGGCAAUCUAGCUUGCUGAGCUACCUCGUUGAACAGGUUACUAGCCUUCCAGCUAAUCCAUUAGCAGAGCGGCUGUAUUUGUGCAGAAAAAGGUCCGACUCGGUUUAAAAAAGCACUUUUUGGCAUUUGCAAUAAAACACAUUACCCUUUAAAUUUCAACAUUACGACAGAGACCAGUUGAGGAAGCCAUUUAACUGUUUUCAGACAUGAUCAGCGACAGCUAUUUAGUUCACUAUUCAACAAAUAGUUCAGAACCAUGGAAUAUAUAUAUAUAUAUAUAUAUAUAUAUAUAUAUAUAUAUAUAUAUAUAUAUAUAUACACAUAAACCUAUAUACAUAUUCAUAUACAGGAAUGCCCCACUCUUUUCCAUGGUGCUUUUGUAGUGGGGUCAUUGUUUGCACUGCAUUCCAGUAUUCUAGCUUAGAUUACCCUCAUAAUCGAUAUGUAAUCUCUCAUUUGCACACUAGGCUAGAGCGUUCUAUCUCUAUGUUUCGAAUAUUACCGAAAAUCUUUUUUUUUUUUCGUCAUAUUUCUGUAAGUGAUUCUGGACCAAAGGUUCAACGUUAGAGUAUCAGUCUUUAUUUGGGUGAUAUUCACCUCAACGAACAAGAAAAUAUGCAGAUUUGUUUGUUAUCGUUGUUUGCCAAUUUAUUCGGUCGCGAGUGACCUAGAGUUUUUCUUCUUCUUUUUUUUUUUUUUGUGGGUUGGUAACAGCAGAGAAGGUCUUAAACUGAUCCAGCCUUAGGUAUCCAAACUCACCCUUACUGAUCUAAGAUCAGGCUGCUAUCACAUUCGUCUUAAAAGAUCAAAUUGGAACUAAUUAAAGGUCAAAGGUCUGGAGCGGUUUUUAACGUCUCGCGCCGAAGAGCAGCGAAACUCUAACAGGACUUUCAUGUGAAGUUUGAGAUCGGAAGGUCUUAUCACUCACUUAUUCACGCAAACACACACCUGAAAUUUGUGCCAAACGACUUGAAGUAUUUUCCGCCAAUUACGAAAAACUACCUUCCGCGGGGACCAGAGAUGGUCUUUGGCUAUGAACUGUCUUCAACGGGUUUUGAAGGACGCCAUUAUCAAAGAAACGACAAAAGAGGAACAUGGGGAUGAAGACAAUCCCUCUGAACAGUGAGUACACUUGCUCUCUGCGACUAGUUUUCGUCUUCGUCCACAUUUCGAACGAGCCUUGUAAAUACUUUCCCAUGUGUAAUUCCGACUUCAAGUAUUAUUUUACAUCAUCCAAUGUGAUGCACUCUUUAAAUGCAGUAUUGUUAUGUUUUCAAUUGCGUGAAGACGGUUGGCAAACACCAUAGCGAUGGUACUUUCUGACUCGGUACGGUACAAAGAGGACGAUGAGUAGCUUGGUUUGGAGCCGGUACGAUACCAAGGAGGAGGAUCCAGAAACAUCUCGAUGACCUGCUUGAGCUGCCAAUCACUCAUCCUUUAUAUCGAUGGCCUGGGGAAUAUGUUGUGGGACACGUGACCCACUGGACAGUAUUCGCAUUCCCCAUCCCAUCUAAGAACUUGAAGCUCCAUGAAGAUGAGAAGAAGGAAUUUAUGAAGGAGUGAACAAAAUAAAGAGUGGCCUUAGGAAAACAUGACUUUUAUAUUCCCUCACUUUAUAAACCGGCUUAAGGCCAGAGGAGUGCGUGCAGAUGACGGUAUGUGUGUUUUUGUGUGUGCGAUUGAGCGCGAGUGCGAGUAUAUGAAAAUCUUUAUGUAAUCCGUUCAUUUAUUUCUCUCACGUUCCUGCUCCAAUACUUUUCUUCUGCUGGUAGGAGUGUAUCCUGUAUAAUUGUGUCUUAGAAAAUAAACGUUGACCUUACUGUACUGUUCUUGGUAGCUGAAAAAAAAAAUGUUUGACAGAUGUACAACAAAAGUUAUUGAUUUUUUUUUUUUUUUAAUUUCCCUUUGAUUUUUUCCAAUAUUUUUUAAAAAUGUUACGUAAUUAUUUUUUCACAGUAUAUCAGAAAUAAAAGCACUGUUUUUCUAAGAA